AUCCAACACAUCCAAUUCAGCUCAUGGAGGCAAAGGUUGCAACCACUGUGUUAGUCUUGCUCCUCCUCACCCUUGGUGGUGAGGUGGCUGCUGCCAAGAUGUGCCAUGAUCGUAGCCAAACCUUCAAAGGGAUGUGCUUCCGGACCUCCAACUGCAACACCAGCUGCACCAACGAGGGCUACACCGGCGGCCACUGCACAACCUUCAGACGUCGAUGCGUGUGCACCAAGGAGUGUGGAGGGGACAGCCCGCCGGGUGAUCCGCCGCCGGCGAGGGCCUGAUCGGGGCCGGAGAGGAUGGCCGGCAAUGUGGUUUCUUUGAUUAGAUUGUGUGUUACAGUGUUAGUCGUUUGUGGCAGUAUGGAUGGAAGUCGAAUAACGGAUUGGAAAGAACAUAGUUGAUGCUAAUGUGUGCUUGCA